AUGCCCUGUGCCAGCUCCACGCACCAGGACUCCAGCUACAGUUUGCAGUCCAGAGCCUCUAGCGAUGGUCUGCAGUCUAGAGCCUCCAGCGACGGUUCCCAAUCCGGAGCCUCCAGCCACUGUUCCCAGUCCGGAGCCUCCAGCCACGGAUCCCAGUCCGGAGCCUCCAGCCACUGUUUCCAGUCCGGAGCCUCCAGCCACUGUUUCCAGUCCGGAGCCUCCAGCCACGGAUCCCAGUCCGGAGCCUCCAGCCACUGUUUCCAGUCCGGAGCCUCCAGCCACUGUUUCCAGUCCGGAUCCUCCAGCCACGGAUCCCAGUCCGGAGCCUCCAGCCACUGUUUCCAGUCCGGAGCCUCCAGUGACGGUUCCCAGUCCGGAGCCUCCAGCGACGGUUCCCAGUCCGGAGCCUCCAGCGACGAUCCACGGUCCGGCUCCUCCGGCGACGAUCUACGGGGGGGAGGAUCCUGUAUUCGCUAUUUUGGGUUAGGACGGGGUGUGACUAGGGGUGUGAUAUGA